AUGUGGUCAAUCCAAAUUUUAAAAUUAAGUGAUGAAACACAACUCUACUUUUUAAACUUUGUUCAUCAAUUGGAGCAGCAGCUAAAAAAGAAGGCAUUCAAUGCUUCACAAUAUUUAUCUCAAAUACUCACAUACGGUGAUUGUCUUUUAGCUGUUCUUGGCUCUGGUGUAGGAAAAGAAGUUCUUUUCGAUGAAAAGAUCACGUUUCUUAAAAAAUCGGUGAUGUCGGAUGAUUGUUGUUCUUUGACAGAUGAAAUAUUUUCGACUAUGUCGGAGAUGUCGUCCGUUUUUUCUCCUCUGCGAUUGCUUAAUUACUAUACUAUUCAAAUGAUUAUGGACGAUAAAGAAAAUGAACAAGGUCCAAAUGUUCUUGACACAUGCCGUAACGCACUUGAUCUUUCACUUAAGCAAUGCGGUAAACAACAUUGGAAUACCGCGUUUUGUUACCUCAAAAUGGGCUUCGCUGAGAAUAAUGCUGAGAAUUAUAUAUCUGCACUUAAUGCAUUUGAGCAGGCUCUUGAAAUUAUGACAGCCACUCAUGAUGGGAGCAGCAGCAGUAAUGCUGAUCUAGCUGAUGUUUAUAUCGGGAAAGGAGAAGCAUAUAAGUUCCUAAACAAAUUUGAAUCCGCUGUUGCAUCUUUUGAAGAAGCACUUAGAAUAAAAAGGAAAUUGUUCGAUGAAAGUACUGAAGAAAUCGCUCAAAUCUUAGCUUUGCUAGGUGACUCGCAACGGUGUUUCAAUGAUUUAUCUUCUGGUCUUGCUAGACUUGAACAGGCUCUACAAAUAAGGAAAAAGCUGCAUGCUGAGAAGCCAUGCCCCUGCAGGUAUUUAAAUGUAGUUCAAUGUUACUGUAGUAUUGUACAUGUGCACAGCGCGCUUGGCAACAACACUGAAAGUAUAAAAUCUUUUAAAACUGCACUUGAAGUGAGCGCCGAUUGCGAUCAAGAGCGUUCAUUUGCACAUGGUUUAAUUUCCUUUGGACUUCUAAAUUUGGAGGGAGAUGAAAACGUGUACAUGGAAUUGUUGAAUAGUUGUUUACCUGUGAUCAAGGAAAGUUAUAGGUUGUUCUUACCUAUCCUAUAUUUGAAGUUAGGUUCGAAACAAGUUGAGUCAGGAAAGUGUAAAGCUGGUCUAGCGUUCUUUCAAGAAGCUCUUGACAUUGAGUUAGAGAUCACACUGAGAAGCAAUCUUGAUAUUCGCGAGGGGACGGUUUCAUGCUACAUUGCAAUGGUUGAAACCUUAUUUGAUAUUGGAAAGUUUAAAUUGACGAGAAAGGCAAUCGAGAGAGCAACUCAAGUAGCAGAAUCACUUCCUGAAUGUAGACAAUAUCUUUGGAUCUUUCGAUGUUAUACGUGGAAGGGCCGCAUUCAAAACAAAUGCGGGAAUAUAUUACAGCAAUUGAUUCUCUUAAACACGCACUCUUGCAGCUUCCACGAAUUUGUCAUCAAUCCUGUAAUAAAUUCGAAGAAUUUCAAUGUCAUAGUGCGAUUGCAACAGCUUAUUUCUAUGUUGGAUCUUAUAAAGAUGCGCUUACGUCAUUUUAUGAUUCAUUGUCUGUCAUUAAAGGUCGUUUGCCAGAAGGAAGCGAGGAUGAAGCUCAACUAUAUCUCCGUUUGGCGAAAGUGGCCCAAAAAAUGA